AGAAUCGGCGUUUCUAUACUACUCAUAGAUAAACCCAGUUUGUUAUCCUUGGUUGACUGGAACAUAACUUUUGCUUCUUCCAUAGUCUUCGUAAUGGCGGCUUUUUAGCUUUGGAUUUCUAAAUUAGAAAGUCCAAAAAAGUUUGAACAGAAAAUCUUUUUUCUUGGAGUCGUAGCAUAAUUCGCUUCUUCUGAAAUCUCGCAUCUUGUGGUCCCAUAAUUCCAACUUUACUUGUUGUUUUUUUUCUGCCUUCUCCAACCUGGAUUUUUUAUCCAAAUACUAACUAUCAUCUAAUGACCAGACAUUCUUAACCGUAUGUGGGAAGAACUUGAUUAUCGUUUUGACGACUGUAAGGAGAUCACAUCAAACUGCACUGAACAGAUAUGAAACUAAGCGAGUUUUUAUUUUAUUUGGUGAAGAUUUCACAUCUCCAUCUUACUUUGUAACUUUUCUGUAACUGGUUAAAAGUGCAUCAUGACUUUACGAACACAUUGUAUCACUGUUAAGCUUUUAGGAAUUUUUCUUUUGAUGUUGAAGUUCUUACUACUCAAAUUAUUCCUUUUAAGAGAAACUAUUAAAUGUAAGAUUACAUUAUAUUAAUUAUUAUUGUUUUAUACGUAAUUUUGUAUUCUCAUUGUUCUUUAACAAAUUUCCUUCGUAAUAAUUCACUUAAUUUUUUUUCUUAAUCACCGGAUAACGUUGAGAUAACCGACAGAAAAGUUGCGUUGCGUCGUGAAAGAGUGAAAGCGUCUUAUCGAAACUCACGAUAUUGAGGUACAACAAGUUACAACGAAGAAAGAAAACGAAACUCAACGUAAAAACGAUCGAUAUAAGGAUCGUUAUUGCUACGUGCGGUAAAAAGGAAAAAUAUCGUCUUGUGUAAAGUUUCAGUUUUAUUGGGAACGCCCAGAAGCGGCGGCCCCCGGAUGAAAAGAAUCUUAUUUUCCCAGGGUAAAGAGACAGGAGGUGACAAUGCAAGAGAAACGAAGAGAGGAGGGAACGGAUCUUAUGUAAGCCGUUUAAAUACUGUGUUAUAGUCCUUUUUUAGUUUAUUUCAAUUUCACCAGUCAACCUGAGAAGAUAUUAAAAUUAAUUCAUAAAAGAAAUUUUUAAAUAUGUUUAAAGUAAUUUGUGUUAUUAUUUUUUUCGCGGGGUUGAGUGUUUCAACAAUUAAUGCACAGAUUCAAAAAUGUAAAGUUCCUCCAUCAGCACCAAAGAACAUCGAGAAAGUGAUCAAUAAGUGUCAAGAUGAGAUUCGUUUGGCAAUUCUCUCCGAAGCUUUAAGUGUCUUUAAUUUCGAUGAAAUUCUUCGUGAAGAUGCUAACAAGACUGAAACAACAACGAAAAGCUUUAAAACAAUUUCGAGGUCAAAACGUCAAGUUUUUACGGAUGAAGAAACUAAAAUAGCUGGGUGUCUUUUGCAUUGUGUUUAUAGAAGAAUGGGUGCCUUGAACGAAGUCGGUUUUCCCACAAUUGAAGGAUUAGUUAAUCUUUACGCCCAAGGAGUAAAAGAUAGAGGUUAUCUUUUGGCCACUUUACGAUCUGUUGCUACCUGCUUAACCGAUGCCAAAGCUAAAUAUGUAAAAACUAUUGAGUCCUUGCAAGAGAAUGGAAAAACUUGUGCUGUGGCUUAUGAUGUUUUCAACUGCGUUUCGGAUAGAAUUGGAGAAUAUUGUGGUCAAUCACCGUAAAGAAAAAUUAAGAAGAUAACAUCAUAAAAAUAUUAAGAAGUAAAUAAUAAGAUUAAGAUAUGAAGUAACUUAUUGUAAUUACAAGAAAAAUACAUUGUAAAUAAAAACAAACUCUACACA